UUAUUCUGAACCAGGUACAUGCAAGAAUAAUCCGAAUUAUCCGCAUCCUUAAUCACUCAAUAAAAAAUCCCUCCUUUUCUUUCCAUUUUUCCCACCUUAUCUUCCUUUUUCCUUUCUCACCCUCAUUCAAAGGAAAGCAUUACAGUAGCAAGCUCCAUCAAUGGCGCUCUCAUUCCACCCAAUUCAUUCUCUCUCCUCUCCCUCCACUUCUCUCCACCCAACUUCUCGUCUCUCUGUCCACUUUCUCCCCCCUUUCAUUGCUAAAAUACCCAACAAUUGCUUUCCUUCCACACCCCUCAGAAUUCAGUGCGCCACCAAAAAUACACCAUCAACCUCCACUCCCGCCCCUAAAUCUGGUGUUGCAGUUUACAAGCCCAAAUCAUAUGAAGUCCUCGUUACUGAUGCCACUAAUUCUCUCUCCGUCGCUCUUCAAGAAGGCAAAACUCGCCUCGAAAUCGAUUUCCCGCCUCUACCCAGUGAAAUAUCUUCUUACAAGGGAUCAUCAGAUGACUUCACUGAUGCAAAUAUUCAGCUAGCUUUGACCGUUGUGAGGAAACUUCAAGAGAAAACGCAAUUCAGAUCAUGCAUGGUGUUCCCUGACAAGCCUGAAAAGCGCAGGGCCACUGAGUUUUUCAAGACCGCACUUGAUUCGAUAGAUGGUAUUACUAUAGGCUCCCUGGAUGAUGUGCCUGGCGAUGCUGUUUCUAAUUUCUUCAAUUCUAUAAGAGACACAUUAGAUUUUGAUUUUGAAGACGAGAAUGAAGAUCGUUGGAAAUCUGAUGUUCCACCUUCACUUUACAUAUUUCUUAACUGCAGCACACGAGAUCUCUCUCUGAUAGAGAAGUAUGUGGAGACAUUUGCUUCUUCAACUCCCACUCUCCUAUUUAAUCUCGAGCUUGAGACACUGCGUGCUGACCUGGGUCUUCUAGGCUUCCCACCUAAGGAUAUCCAUUACCGAUUUCUUUCUCAGUUCAUUCCUGUCUUCUAUAUUCGAACAAGAGAUUAUUCCAAGACAGUGCCUGUGGCACCUUUUAUCGUGAAUUAUAGUGGAGCUCUGUUUCGUCAAUAUCCUGGGCCUUGGCAGGUGAUGCUUAGGCAAGCUGAUGGUUCUUAUGCUUGUGUGGCAGAAAGUGCUACCCGUUUCACACUUGGUGAAACAAAGGAAGAACUACUGAGGGUUCUCGGGCUGCAAGAGGAACAAGGCAGCUCCUUGGAAUUUCUCCGUAGAGGAUAUAAGACUUCCACCUGGUGGGAAGCUGACACAGACUUAGAGGCUUCUUCUGACUGGAGAACUUGACAAAUAUCAAUCAACAGUGCUUUUCAUCUGUAAUAUAAUGGAUGACAUGAAAUGAAUGCAUAGGUUUUCCGCGCAUCAUAUUCAUUGUUGAUGAAGAAGUAUCAGUUUUGAUUUGAUUUCCAGUCGCUCAACUGGAUUUCGGAUGGUUAAAAAUGUAGAAAUAAUCUGUUUUCUUCCUUGUAUUUUAUGUCAAGUGUGAGUUCUCUUAUUUUAUGCAUCAGCCUGGAAAGUGUAACAAGAAAUUUGAAAUCGCUUGACAAUGUGAUAUCCUGACUUGUGUACGUUGUAUAGCCUACACAUUACAAAUUUACCUAUAUGUAAUUAUUAAUUUAUGAGCAACCAUGCCAACUUCUUCAA